AAAUGCAAAGAAGCAACAACACCAACAAAAGUGCUAUGUGCAGAAAUUGGCUUUAAAUCCAAAUAUGCAUAAAAAGCGUAAAACGCAUUUAACAUAAGGCCAACGAAUGCAAUGUGUGCGCUUAUUAAAUGUUAAUGCAGCGGGGCAGAGAAAGCACAAAUAUCAUUGCUCGUGUGUGUGUGUGGUGUGCGCUCUUUUAUAUUUCAGACCGAAAGUGAAACAAAAUCAAAAUCGCCAAGUGCAAGUGAAGGCUUUCGCCUCGCGCUAUCAACAACAACAAAAACGACUCCAUCGAGAAUUGAGUCGCUGCUGUAUCAAUAAUAACAACAACAACAACGAAUCAGCUGUCAAACCACUUCAAGAUGGCCAUACCGCCACCACCGGGACCACCGCCACCGCCCGGCCCGCCGCCACCACCGGCUAUGGGCGGCUUGAAACUAGGAGGAGGCGGAGGCGGAGGCGGAGGCGGAGGAGGUGAUCCUCGUUCCGCAUUGCUCAACUCCAUACAGAAGGGCACCAAGCUGCGCAAAACGACCACCGUGGAUAAAAGCGGCCCAGCGAUAUCGGGUCGGAUUUGUGAUGAUAGCUCUUCAGGCCCAAAACGUACGCUUAACAACAACAACAAUAACAACACCAGCAGCAGCAGCAACAACAACAGCAAUAGUAACAGUGGUGGCAGCAUUGGCAAUGGGGCACCCAAGUUGGGCGGCCUUUUUCAAGGCUUGUCACAAAUGCCAAAGCUGAAGCCAGUCAAUGGUGUUCGUGCAGCAGCACCUCCAACGGCAGCAGCAGCAGUGGCAACAACAACAGCGACGCCCGAAACGAACUCGCUGCGCAGCAACAGCCCCCCCACCGGCGCCACAUCCAGCAAUGGACCCAUGGACUUUAACACCGAGCUCACCAAGCAUUUAACAUUGAAGCGUCAAAAGCAACAACAGCAGCAACAAGCAACAAACAACACACAACAUAUCAAUGCAACCGAAGCAAAUUUGAGAACAAAUCGCGGACCACCACCGCAGCCGCCAAAGAACUCUGGCGAUUCCGUAUUGGAUCGCAUGAAUAUACCUCGCACAAUGGCAACGCCGCCCACAUCGACGCCAACGCCGACGAUGGUGAAUGGCAAUGCCAAGCCAAAAGCCUCAUCGCCCACGCUCUCGGAGAGCAGCAGCAGCGGGAGCGUGAAAGCCAAGGCGGCAAAUCUUAGUAUCUCGUUAGGCAAUAGUUUUGUAAAUAGUUCAAUUACAAAAACGACAACAACAAGCGCAACAACAACAACAUCAUCAACAACAGCAGCGAAAAAUUCAACGGGAAAUGUUCGCAAUUUGACGCCAAACAAAUCAACACUUUUUGGUGGUGCUGCUGGUGGUGGUGGUGGUUCUAAUAGUCCAGCAAUUGGUGGUGGUAAUGUCUCGCCCACACCCCCACCCCCUGCACAUCAUCAACAACAACAGCAGCAGCAGCAGCAACAGCCACAGAAGCCGCCAAUUGUUGGCCAUGGCAAGCCGAAUUUUGCACCAAAACCGCCGGGCUUGCAACACUUGGCAUUGGCCAAUGGUCAACAGCGUCCAGCGGUGUCGCGACACCACAGCAUGAAGUCACCCAGAUCUCCACCAGCUGCUGGCGGCAUUAAUGGACCCGUUUUCUCAGCGCAACAACAUUUUGGCACAAUGCGAGCGCCGCUUCAACAGCAGCUGCUGCUUCAGUCGGCCAGCAGUGGCGAGUGCUUCAGUGGCAGCACCAACAGCAUCACGGGCAGCAUUCGCACAGCACCCAACCCGCCAAAGACUCGUCCGUCGGUGAAGCCACCGCCGCCCCCGACGCCAUCGCGCAGCAUCUCAAACAGCAAUUUGAGCAGCAUUGCGGCGCCGUUCAGUGCCGUUAAUACGGCUCUGGUGCAGAGUGCUGCGAUAACGACGUCAGCGCCAUCGCCGCCGCUGCAGCCGCCAUCCAGUUCGAGCAGCAGCAGCAGCGUCGGCGCUCUGCGCGAUCAAUUCCGUUUAGGCGGCAGCUCAACGCCGCCAACGCCACCGAAUGGUGGCAGCAUCAAUGCCAGCCCAAAGAUGCGUGAGAAGGUGCAGCCCAUCAUACUAAAUGGAGGACCCAUUAUCAAUCCGCCAGCGUUGCCACCGCAUCGCUCCUGCCCGCCGCCACCGCCCCCGCAGCGACAGUCGAGCAAUACUGGCUCCCAGCAGCAGCUGCAGCAGCAGCAGGCGCCUGUGCCGCCGCAACGUUACUCCUCGAUACGGGCGAAUGCUCCACUGACGCCACCCACGCACAUGGCCAAUGCGACGCACAAUUUUGGCAGCAACGCUGGCCUGGCAACGCCAACAGCCACGGGACUUGGGGCAGCAGCGGGAGCGGGUUCGGGUGCGACGGGCGCAUCUGUUGGUCGCCUUGUCAUCGAUUUGGAGGCAAAGUUUGGCAAGCGAUUUCAUAAUGUCACCGAGUUUCCCAAGCCGCCUCCAUUUCUAAAUAUACAAAAAAUCUAUCCUAGUCGCACGCUUAAGGCAACCAAUGGUAUCGGCGGCAGCAGCAGCAGCAGCAACAACAACAACAGCACAGCUGCAUUCAACAACAAUGUUAAAGCGCCAACAGCUGCGACAACGCCACUGAAACCCGCUUAUGCACCAUUCAAAAAACAUCGCGCACCCGCACCGCCCCCGCAGGCAGGCGUCGCCGCCGCCACAGUGUCUGUGAUAAGGCAAUCCAGUUUUCUCUAUGGCGGCAAUAGCAGCAGCGCAGCAGGCGCCAACGCUGGCGUCGGCGCAUCUGCUGUUAAUGUGCGUCCCAAAUCACAGCCGGCGUCAAGUGUGCCGCGCAAUUCGACAGUGUACUGAAAUGGGCGACUGUAAAUGAGAAAUCGAUGUUAAUUGUAAUGUAAAUGAUAUCGAUGUUUUUUGCUUUGUAUAUAUAUGUGUGCGUGUGCGUGUGUGUCUCUUUAAUGUGUUGUGUUGAGAGUAAAUCUGUGAGGAUGUGUGCGAAAUUCAAACUGUUAAAUUUGUCUAUGCAAAGUGUAUAAAUUAUAAUCAGAACAAUAAUAAUAUAACCUAAAAAUGA